UGUGAUUGCUUCAAAAAAAGCAGCAGAGCGACGAAGGACCUCAGGUUUCCGAAAUCUCUUCAACCUUCUAAAAAGUUUUAUUUAAAAAAACAAACAAACUUCCACAUCAGAGAUGCCGAGCAGUGGUUCUGACGGGAUGUUCUGCAGGCUGGUGGACGAGGAGGACGAGUUGGACCACAGUCCAGAUGUGCAGUUUAACGCCCCACUGAGACCCCUGAUGACCAGCGGGCCGGGACGGUACCGCCUCGCCACCAUCUGCCUGACCACAAUGUGUGGCAUCCUGCUGAUCUCCAUCAUCGCCAUCAGUGCACACUACAAGGGCAAGGCUGCGGGUGGCGCUGCGGCGCAGGACGUGGACGCUAUGAGUGCCACCAUCAGCAAGCUGCAGCAGGAGAAGGCGGAUCUGCAGAGCGAACUGGCCGCCAGGACCGCAGCUACAGGUGGAGGGCGCCACACGGGGCCAGCUGACGUGACCGUGGAGGUCAAACAAUCAGGUCCGAAAACGGUGGCGCCCACGACGCGGGUGGCGCCGACCCCUUUCCUGUGUCCGAUGGAGUGGCUCCUCUUCAACGGCAGCUGCUACUACAUCUCGCGGGUGUCCAGGGACUGGCCAGAGAGCAAGUCCUUCUGCGAGAGCAAAGGAGCUCACCUGGCCAUCGUCAUCACGGCUGAGGAGCAGACCUUCCUGUGGGAUCAACUUCCCAGAGGCCACUGGAACGCGUUCUGGAUCGGGAUCACCGACGGCCACACGGAAGACCAGUGGAUCUGGGUCGACGGAACGCCGCUGAUAAGCAGCUUCUGGGAGGAGGGCGAGCCUAAUAACCACAUCGACGAGGACUGCGUCUACAUCGUGAAGACCCAAGUCCUAGAGCGCGUGGCGGUCCGAAGCUGGUACGACGCCCCCUGCGACAUGUACCGCCGCUUCAUCUGCGAGAAGGAGAUGGGUGGCGCUCGCAGCACCGCCCUGCCUCACUGAAGGGCGGCGCCAUGGCGACGUACGUAAUCACGUUAGCAGAACUUAGCGCACACUUGAACCUUUUAUAUGUCCCUUUUAUGUUGUAAAAAAUAAAAUAAUCAUCUUUUAUACAAAUUGAAGUGGUUCAGAAAUGUGGGAAAUUACAUUAUUUCUAAUGUGAAUUUACGGGCAGGGAAAUGUGGUUUCCCAGGAAAAUAUGGAAUUUUUGCAAUGUAGAAAAUGUAUAACUUUUAUGUUUGGAAUGAGCGCAAGGUUUCGGGGUUAAUGGUUUACAAAGGUAAAGGAUGUGGAAGUUAGGGGUGUCCCGAUACAACUUUGUCCAUUCCGAUACCGAUAUUGGCCGAUUUGAUCCAAUAUGCCGUAUAAAAGGUCUACCAUAUUUCCCGGUCCAUAGGGCGCACUGGAUUAUAAGGCGCACUGCCAAUGAAUGGUCUAUUUUCGAUCUUUUUUCAUAUAUAAAGUGCACUAGAUUAUAAGGCGCAUUGCAUUAAAGGAGUCAUAUUAUAAUUUAAAAAAAUUCUAAAAUGAAAACACUUCCUUGUGGUCUACAUAACAGUUUUGAGGGGAAAACAAGGAUUUUAAGUGCGCCUUAUGGUCCGGAAAAUACGGUAAAAAAAAAAAUUCCAGCCUAUUUGCUAUUAAGCCUUUAGGAAUGUACUUAUGCUGUCUUUAAAUUGGAGUGUCGUGGUAAUUUGUUUUUGGCGACACCAUGUGGCUACAAUAAUCAAGUUAGGCUCCUGAUGCAUUCAGUUGAAUGAUGCGGACACGUUUGUUACUGACUACUGUUAGUAAUAUGCAACUAUAAUUAUUUGAUACGUGUUCAUAUUGACAAAUGUGCUGUUUUAAACUGCAAUAUUGUUCAAUUAAUGACACUUAUUGAUAUAUAGCCUGUGUGCUAUUGUGUGCAUAGCUGUUGUGUAGCUGCUGGCUCUACCCUUUUAAAGGACUUGACUCAAAAAGAAGAAAAGACCGACCAUCUGUGCUUAUUGGAGGACAUUUAGAUGUUAGCUGGUUGUGCAGCUUUUGCACCAGUAAACACGCUGGGCAUUUUAGAUGCAAGCCAAUAUAAUCUGAGACUUGGUUUAUAUCAGAUAACAGACAAUAUUUUCUACGUGCUCCCAUUUCCGUUUUUUAAUAUCACUUGAGUAAUAAGGGAAAGACUAGUGAGUAUUGUAAUACAGUCUUCGAAGUGUGCGGCUUGUAAAGGCGACUAUGUGGGUGGUAUUGUGGAGACGGCUCCCUUUAAUGUUAAAAACCGCGUUUAGAAAGUUGUUUAGCUAUGAAAACAUUCAAUUAAUAAUGAAUAAUUCCUACUUUACGGAAACUAAUUUACCACGGUCAGGCCCGGAACCAAUUAACAGCAGUAUAUGAGAGUUUACUGAAAUACUCUCUGAGAGAGUAUGUGCAUAAAAAAAAACCCACAACCAACAAAAAUACAGUUUAAAUUAGUUUACAAUUAGAUAUUACUAAAUAAUAAUAUUUUACAAGAUACGUAAAUAUUUGUAUUUACUUUGAAUAAUCAGGUAUGGACAAUAAACAAAAAGACUACAUUAACAACUACAAUUCAGUUCAAUCCAAUAAGUGUUCGGUAUCUCCUACUUAAGUGAAGCCCAUUCAAAACUGCUAUGCUACUUUAACAUUCAUUUAAAAAGUAAGCAAAACACAAUAAAUGGGCAGAGAAUAUGAAAAACCGAAUGUUCACUAGACACGAUAUCUUCAGGGAAAGGGUACGGCUACAAUAUAAACUUAAAUAGUACAGUCGUUUUAGAAAUACGGCAGUAAAUCUAUCACAAUGAAGGUGUUCAUAGCAGUGCUAAAUUAGUAAUUACCUCUAUGGACUUUUGAAUGCGCACGGCUGCGACGCUGCAAAACUGAACUAAAACUUUUACAAAGGACAUGUUGACUCGCCGCUGGAUAAAAGUUGGGUCAGAAACAAAGUAUAAUUGUGUCCAUGAUGCAAUUCAGUCUGUAUAAGUAGAACAAGCAAACACCUGCAGACCAGCAGGUAGGGUUGUACGGUAUACCGGUAUCAGUAUAGUACCGCAAUACUAAUGAGUCGUAUUUGGUACUAUACCGCCUCUGAAAAGUACUCGUCCAUCCGCCGUCUGCAGUGUUUUAGCUACUUCUAAAUCACUAAUCCUCGCCUCCAUGGCGACAAAUAAAGUAUGUUUCUUACAAGUAUCAUCCCUGCAGGACGAGGAAUAGCUAAACAUGUUUCACUACACACCGUAGCUCACCGGCAUCAAAAUGUAAACAAACGCCAUUGGUGGAUCUCCACCUAACAUCCACUGUAAUGAUUCUAAGUACAGGAGUGUAUCUAGUCCAGGGGUCACCAACCUUUUUGAAACCAAGGGCUACUUCUUGGGUACUGAUUAAUGCGAAGGGCUACCAGUUAGAUACACACUUAAAUAAAUUGCCAGAAGUAGCCAAUUUGCUCAAUUUACCUUUAACUCUGUUAUUAUUAAUAAUUAAUGAUAUUUAUCUUUGUGGAAACACUGAUCAUCUUAAUGAUUUCUCACAAUAAAUAUAUAUAGAAACAGAUAAAUAUCAAUAUGCAACACUUUAUUUUUAUAUUUUCUCUAAGUGCACAUUUUUCAAAUUGAACAUUUUCAAAUGAUUUUAACUAGCUAGCCACUAACAUUUUUUAACAAAUCAUGAAUUACUUUGCACCAUGUUUGUACAAAUAAUAACUCAUGUAAAAUACAAAAGUAAACUCUCAAAUUUUUAAAUCAUGUCACACUUUGAACUGGACACCAAAUCUGUUAUCUGUUUCUUUGUCAGUUAGUGGGAAGCCUGGCAUUGCAUGCUGUUAACUAGUGUGUUGUACUCUGGUGUGUAACUUGACACUGCAACUCUGAGUGAGUCUUGCAGAUGUGCAUCAGUGAGGCGUGUUCUGUGUUUGUUCUUGAUGAAGUUCAUGUCAGAAAAGGCUGAUUCACAAAGAUAAGAUUUUUCCUCAUUGUUUGCGGAACCUUCUUAAUCUUUUGGACAUAUUUUCAAAGCAAUCUGGCCUUAAGCUUAAUUAUGAUGAAUGUAAAAUGUUAAGGAUCGGAAAUCUAAAGGGAACGUCCUUUCGAAUGGAAUGCCAAGUGCCUGUUUUGUGGACAGAUGGACCAGUUAACAUACUUGGUGUUGUUGUCCCAGAAAAUCUGGAAGAUCUAGGCUCAGUAAAUUAUGAUAAUCGACUAAGAAAGCUGGACACAAUUAUGCAAUUAUGGAAAGGGAAAUCCCUAACCUUGUAUGGUAAAAUGUCUAUUGCCAACUCGUUAAUUAUUCCUCAAUUUAUUUAUUUGUUUUUGUCAUUACCAGCUCCAUCACAAAACUUUUUUAAGAUUUAUGAGCGGAGGGUCUUCGAUUUUGUCUGGAACGGCAAACCAGAAAAGAUUAAAAGAAAGGUUUUGUACAAAGAGUAUGAAUAUGGGGGCCUGAAACUUCUCAACCUUGAAGCUAUGUGUCUGUCUUUAAAAGCAUCAAUUGUUCCAAAGAUGUAUUUAAACAUUGAGUGGUACACAAAUGUCCUGUUGGACAAAAAACAUGUACUGUAUCAAAAGAAAUGGUAUCCUUUUUUACAAGUGAUCCCCUCCCAGAGAGUCUGCUGGGAAACAUGGCGGGGUUCAUAAAGGAAACAAUCCACUCAUAGUGGUGUUUUCAAUUUUAUGUGCCAGAAAAAAGAGACGAUAUUUUGCAGCAGUUAAUAUGGAUGAACUCUAAUAUUGUAAUAGAUGGAAAGCCUUUCUUUUGGAAAAAUAUGUUUGAAAGAGGAAUCAUUUUUGUCAAUGAUAUUAUCAAUGAGAAUGGUAAAAUUAUGAAGUAUGAUGAAUUUAGAGCUAUGUAUGGUGAUGCUUGCUCAAGCUUUUCAUUUUAUCAACUAACUGGAGUAAUUGGGAAAAGAUGGAAACAAAUAAUUAAUUAUGGAACUACUAAAUUAUUAGUUUGUAAACCUCUAAUAAGAAAUUCUAGUUGGCAAAAAGGAACUAAAAUAAAUAGAAAAAUAUAUAAUUUUUAUUUAAUAAAGAAAUAUUUGAAGGCUGCCUCAUACAACACAAAUGGAAAAUGUGAGGACUUUUUUGACUGCCCGUUGCAAUGGGAUGCCAUAUUCAAACUAAUCUAUAAAACCACUAUCGAUGUGCAAAAUCGUUAUUUUCAAAUUAAAAUUAUUUAUAACUUCUUACCCACAGGGAAAAUGUUAAAAUUAUGGAAUAUGACAGAGUCAGAUGAUUGCCGAUUUUGUUGUCAGGAGCCUGAAUCCACCCUGCAUUUGUUUUGGUAUUGUCAUAUUGUGUCUUUGUUUUGGGUGGAAGUUGAAAAAAUGUGUUUACGGAUUGGUUUGUUUAUGAUGCUUAAUGUGGUUUCUGUUAUUUUAGGAGAGUUCAUUGACAAUCAUGAUUUAGUCAAUUUAAUUAUAGUACUCGGUAAAAUGUUUAUUUUUAAGGCCAAAAACAGAUAUUCACUUAGUAUUACUUUCUUUAAAACAUUUAUUCAGUAUUUUCUAACUUUAGAAAGUUACAUGGUUGAAAACGAUAAUGAUGCCUAAAAACAUUAAAAAAAAGAUGAGAAGUCCUCAAAGGCUUAUUUUGAAAGUAUAAUUAUGUUUAUAGAUUAUAUGAUAUCUGUUGUUGUGUUCCCUAAUUUGAGCGACCUGGACAUAAUCUGGACUGUACAUAAAUGCUUAUUUGGAAAAUGUAAUUUUGUUUAUAAAUUAUAUGCAAUCUGUUGUGUUCCCUAAUUUUUUUCUGUGUACAUGAAUGAAGGUGUGUGUUGCUGAGUCCGACUUGGACAUUAUCUGGACUGGGCCUGGUUUAAAAAACCCUUUAAACAAAUCUAAUUUCAUUGACAACCUGGUCUGUUGAAGAUAAGGCCCUUUUUAAAAAAAUAAAAUAAAAUAAGAUAAAUAAAUAAAAAACAUUUUCUUGGAUAAAAAAGAAAGUAAAACAAUAUAAAAAUAAUUACAUAAAAAAUAGUAAUUAAUGAAAAUGUUAGUGGACCAGCAGCCUAUACAAUCAUGUGUGCUUCAGGGACUGUGUCCCUUGCAGAUGUGUUGUCUAUGUUGUGGGAACCAGAAUAUUGGUAGCAGAAUGAAAUAACCCCUUUUGUGUGAGUGGGUGUGGAUGAGUGUGCAUGGGGGAGGUUGUUUGGGUUGAUGCACUGAUUGAAAGUGUAUCUUGUGUUUUUUCUAUGUAGAUUUAAUUUAAAUUAAAAAAAAAAAAUUUUAUUUAAAAAAAAAAAAAAAAUUCUUUUUUUUU